GGUAACCGCAUGACGUUCUUGGCUCGCGCUAUCAUUCGUGAUACCCAGAUCAUCUGAACUGCCAGCGAACAGCUUCAGACGUCAUAGUCGCUGCCAUUCCAAACAGUUGAGCUACCGCCAAGUCCUAUAACUGAAUCUGACGAGUGUAGUCCUGGUCAUACAUGCAUCAGCCGUGACAGAUGUCCUCCGAACCAGAAGUUCAAAUGAAGGAUUUUAAAGUGUACAUCAUGACUUGGAACGUGGUUUGCCGGGGGCCUAUCGAGGACUUGUGUUCUGCGUUGGGCCUUGACCACCCGGUCAACAGAAGUGCCUUACCAGACCUGUACGCUGUAGGGUUUCAAGAAGUGAGUGCUCGACCCCAGUGCCUUUUGCGACAAGCAUUUUUUGAAGAGCCAUGGAUACAAGCUGUUAGAGCUGCUCUGCGCAAGUACCGUUACGUUAAGGUGAAGCACGUAAGGCUACAAGGUCUCGUGCUGGCCAUCUUCCUCAAGCGUAAACACCUGAUUUACUUGCGCGGGGUCCAGUCUACGUACACAAGGACUGGUCUCGGAGGUGUCUGGGGCAACAAGGGCGGAGUGACUGUUCGAAUGAUAAUGUACGGCUGUUCAACGUGCUUCAUCGACUGCCACCUCGCCGCUCACGAAAGUGAACUCGCACAGCGUAUAAAUGAGUAUAACACUAUAAUUGAGAAGCAGACGUUCGACGACCUGAAUGCAACCAGUGUUUUGAACCACAAUUACGCGUUUUGGUUUGGAGACCUAAAUUUUCGCAUCGAUGACUGCACCAUACACGACCUGCAACUCUCCAUAGGAAAGGGGACAGUACACAAUUUCUUACAGAAAGAUCAGUUAAGAAACGCCAUGAGGGCCAAAAAAGCAUUUCACCACUUCCAAGAACAUGAGAUCACUUUCUUACCCACCUACAAGUACCUCGUGGACAGUCAAGGUUACAAUUUCAGUCGCCGUAAGCCCGCGUGGACGGACAGGAUCAUGUACCGCUUCACAAGGGAUGCUUACGAGAACGUAGUCCUGGACGUAAAACAACACCAUUACCAGAGCCACGACCUAUAUAUCCAAAGCGACCACAAACCUGUCUCUGGAAGUUUCACAAUCAAGGUGUUUGCAAGGCCAGAGCAGCCUGUUGUAUUCUUCUUUCCGGUGGGACCCUGGACUAUCAGCCAUGACUGCUUUGCCUGGUAUUACACGAACGCUGACAUGGACGUGCUUCCGUCGGACUGGGUUGCUUUAUAUAAGGACAAUUUCACCAGCCUGGGUGACCACAUCUGCUUUGUAUGGGCGUCGCGGCACCCUGUAGACAGCCUUCCGGCCCACUUGAUGACAGAGGCCCGAAAACUGUACUCUGUGUGUUCGAGCCAUCCGCGUUGUACAUGCGGCGAUGAAAGUCCUCCCACGCCACCUUCUCCUCCGCUGGGACGUCGUCCACCUCACUCCGCUGUGGAGCCCGUACCCUGCCAAGGGACUACCAAGGUCUGCAGGCUCCACGACCGGAAUUCUCUGAAGCAUGUAUCUACAUGUCGAACGUUCAGGGAAGACGUGAAGUCUCUUGAGAGCGAAGAAACGGUGGAGUCGGUCAGGACAUAUUCCGAACGGCAACAGCCAAGCACCCGUCCCAACAGCGCUUGGACACAUCGCAAACCUGUGCUUCUAAGCGGCGGCUCCUGUGACACUCCAUCGCCCUGUGACCACCCUGACUACAAGGCCGAAGCCCUGUCCCCCUGGGUUUUAGCGGCGAGCUCUUGUUCGGUCCGGAACGAAGGACCCUCGUCCGGGCCUACCUUUUACCGGGUGCUAUUUGGCAGCCAAAAUCUUCUAUUGGUGGGCAGAUAUCGUCUUCUGUAUCUCAGGGGCGACUCUGAUGUGCUAGGCAUGAGCGGUUCUUUCAAGGUCAAGACGCCGCUCAUUGUCUAGGCUGCUCUACGAUAAGAAUCCUUUCAGUUUGGAAACAGACCCAUAUGCAAUGUAUUCAGCGCCAAUAAAUUUCGAGUAUUAUGAAA